UGACGGUCAGACCAUGUACCAUGUCAUGGUUUUGCCGCAACCCACCAAACACUUUUUGAGCUGAAGCCAAGGCGUGCACGCGUGUGCUUCAAACUGUUCUCGGGCAUAUAUCUAAAACAGGAGUAGCUCCAAUGGACAACUCCGGAAGGGAAAUCUAAGUGCCUCGGGCCAAGAAGACGUAGGCAUCUUGUCAUUUGCCUGCGUAGAAAGUCGGAAGGCGUACCUGUGCCAAACCACGUUGCACUUGUGGUGGAAAUGGACAAUGGAGAACAUCAAGGUACGUUUUACUUCCAGUCGGGCGUUUUCCGCCAGCCACGGGCAAUUCCCCAGCAGAAGAGUGGCGAGCGGCCGCCGACCAUGGAUAUCAUGCUGUCGCAAGCAGCCAUGUUUCUCGACUACUACUACCCACAGCAUGCGUAUGUGAAUGUACACACGCGAAUAGCAUUGCACCUGAUCGACGACCAGGGCGAGAACAUACUGCGGCUGCGUGACGUCAACGAGCUGACCAGUGGCUGCACGGUGCUGAUAACUGUGACUGGCCCACCGGAGAGUCAUCCCACUCUGCUCAUUGCACACACCGUGGCCGUUCACAGCUACAAGUCCCCGACGUUCUGCGACUACUGCGGCGAGAUGUUGUACGGCCUGAUACGGCAGGGUCUCAAGUGCGCCGACUGCGGGCACAACUUUCACAAGCGCUGCGCCGACAAGGUGCCCAACACCUGCCCGCGCACCAAAUCCAUCACGGCGCCCAGCUUGGCGAGAAAGAGCAUCUCGGAGAAAGUGUGCGACAUGAGCAGCAGCACCAAUCCGCAGAGCUUAGACUUGCCCGGCGUGUCGCCGCAUCGCCCGUCGAUCAGCAGCUUUGGACGACCGCAGUGGAUCGACCGUGCCGUCAAGGUGGCCGAGUCGGAGGGCAAGGUGCGCCAGCACAACUUUGCUAUCCAUAACUACAUGCAACCGACGGUGUGCAGCCACUGCCGCAAGCUGCUGCUCGGUGUGUUCCGCCAGGGCUUCCGCUGCCAGGUGUGCCGGCUGAACGCGCACAAGGGCUGCCGCAAACACAUGUCGCGAGUGGUGUGCGUGCCGCACCAGUCCUCCACCCGGUCAUCGCUCUCGUCCGACAUGGACGUCAACGGCCUUCUGGCGGGAGGUUCGAUGCGCUCAUCGGACACGGAGGAGGACGGGCACGGCCAUCGCUCGACAGACCUGGACGCCUCACUGACGCCCGAGGAGGACGCUCCCAACAUUCCGCUCCAGCGCAUCUGCAUGUCGGUGCGCAAAUCGCCGAGAAUCGGCCUUCAGCCGGACAUCAUCUACUCCGACUGGGUGGUGUUCCGCAAGGAGGGAGACGAAGAGCUGUCGCUGCGGUACUGGCACCUGGACACGCGCGACCUGCGCAUCAUUGACACCAACCAGGCCUCUGACAUCAAGGACUUGACGCGCUGUCAGACGCUGCCGCUCACGCGUAUCAUCUGCAUCCGCGACGGUCCGUCCCAGGGCGACGGAACGCGUCCGCGGCAUCACUUCAGCUUGCAGGACCACGACAAGAAUGUGUAUCUGGUCGGUGAGGUGUCUGCCACGCUCAGCACAACCUCUCUGGCUAAGUAUGUCUCCUCCGGCACUCCGCCGGACGAGGUCUUCUGCUCCAAGCUGCAGACCAAGGCGAUGACGUUCAAGGAAGCACUGCAGCGGGCGCUGGACGACAAGCGCGUUCAGUCUCUGCUCAAGCUGCUGCGCAACGCUCAUCAGCCGGUCGGUGGUGCUACCAAGGUCAGCCAACACACACUGAACAACGGGACAGUGGCUGCCAGCAAAGAUGAUGGCCCUACAGGUGUUGCCAGCCUGACUGCAUCGGCUGUAUCGCUGAUGGGUAGCGAGUCAGCGGCCAUGCUGCGCGAUGUAGGGAACAUGCCAAUGUCGGAGUCGCUCUGCGGCAUCGUCUCGGAAUCAGCCUCUGUUGUCCAGAUGGAUGGUGACGGCGACAAAUCCGUCAGCCCUCGCCUGUUUGUGAAUACAACAAUUUCCGCCGAGGAAGACAUGCAGUAUCGUCUCGAGCACAGUAACAUGAAAGAGAGGCCGUCCCAGGAGAUGUCUUCUAUAUAUCAAGUGUUUGCCGAUGAGAUGCUUGGCUCUGGGCAGUUUGGUAUUGUCUUGGCUGGGGAACACAGAACUACUGGUGUCAAGGUGGCGAUCAAGGUGGUGGAGAAAGCCAGCAACCAGACGGACGAGACCAACCAGCAGAUGAAGAACGAGGCCAAACUUCUCUCCAGCAUCGACUUUCCCGGUGUCAUCCGUCUGUACAGCAUGUUUGAGAGCGAGAAACGUCUCCUCAUUGUUAUGGAGCGCAUGGACAGUGACAUGUUGGAUAUGAUCUUGUCUAGUCCGGACGGACGGCUUCCCGAGAGAACCGGACGUUAUCUCAUUUCACAGAUCUUGGCAGCACUGCGGUACCUGCACAACAAAUCCAUUGCUCACUGUGACCUCAAGCCGGAGAACUGUCUGCUGACAGGUGAUCCCGACAUGCCACAGGUCAAGCUCUGUGACUUUGGCUUUGCGCGCAUCAUUGGCGAGCGCAAGUUCCGCAAGACGGUCGUCGGCACUCCGGCCUACUUGGCACCAGAGGUACUGAAUAACCGUGGAUACAAUCUCUCCCUUGACUGUUGGUCAGUUGGUGUGGUGGUCUAUGUGACACUAAGCGGGACUUUCCCUUUCAACGAGGGUGAGGAGAUUACAGAUCAGAUCAACAGUGCAGAGUUCCUCUUCCCCAAUAACCCCUGGGGAGACAUCUCAGCCGAGUCGCAGCAUCUCAUCAUCAACCUCUUGACGCUUCAACCACGCAAACGCUAUACGACCGGCAAGGCCAUGAACCACAAGUGGUUCGCGUGCAAGCAGCUGUGGGAGGACCUGCGCGCCCUGGAGACCAAGGUCAACGACCGCUACAUCACACACGAGUCGGAGGACGAGUUCUGGAAGCGCGGUGGUGAGCUCAUUCUGGAUUCUGUCGACGGCGAGAGCGAAACCGCUUCGGAUGUCGAUGAUCUGGGGCGUUGUUGCGAUGGUAGUCUGCGUAUCUCAGCAAGCGACCUCAUCAUCACUGACGAUGACGACAUGGAUGAAGAGGAAGCCGAGGAGCUGGACGAGCAGUUGGCCGUGAUCACCGCAAAGUCCGAGAGCUUCUUGUCCGUGGGAACGCCCGUCUGAUGUCGUCUCACAAUGCUGGCAUGGCACGGAGGUGGGUAUGGCAAUGAGAUGGCGGUGGUGUCGGUGCUAAGCGGCGGCUAGCAUUGCCGUGUGGCACUCUCACGCACUCACACUCACACCAGCACACUGGUCUCUGUUUAAUCAGUCUUGCCGGUGGCAGUGCACUGGUUGUGCCGAGAGGCCACAUACAACCUGGUACUGCUCUUCCUACAAAUUUAUAUCGACAUAUCCUCCAGUUACUGGCACUAGACGAGUAUUCUAGUGUAUGUACUUAAUAUCCCGAUGAUUUUCUCACUAUUAUUUAUCUCAAAUAGUGGACCCUAUCUUGUUGCUCGUCGUCGUUUCAAAUAUUUAUUCUCCCGUUGUUGUUGUUGUUGUUGUUGUCGUCGUCGUUGUUGUUGUUGCUAUCAUUGCUGUUGUUGUCGCGGUCGUCAGCGUUGUCCUUCCAUAUCCUUUAGCAUGUUGUUUUUUUCCGACAUCUCAUGCUGCACUCCCCUCUUCUUUGCUGUAUUCUGUGCUGUGCGCUAAAGGCUGGGAGCGCAUGCAUGCAUGCAUGCAUACAGCUGGGCAUUACGUACACAUGUACUAACACACACACACACACACACACACGCUCAGGAAUACUUACGCACAUUGACCAGCUAUCUCACCAAUGCUGCGGUUGUACACACCACGUUUCUACCAUUUUACGCACUCGUCACGUUUGUACGUUGAGACGGUACAUCUAUUCAUAUUCUCUAUCUCUCCCUCUCCUCUCUCCGUCUUUCUCCCCCUCCCUCUCUCUCUCUCUUGCCGUUCCCUUCAGUACAAAUCUUUUACUUUUUCUCCGUUGCUUAACCAUUGGGCCUUUAAUUUCGUUGCUCGUCUUGUCCACCCUACACAGCUAUGUCACACACUGUCUGUGUAACUCGCAUCCAUUCUACUCUCCAA